AAAGCUGGCAUGGCCUGCUUUCGCUGGUUUUAGGAGAGGAAUUAAAGGAGGGAUUUGCUUCCAUUUCAGCUAUCAAAAACGACACUUGUUUUCAUUCCUCUCCGUCUCCAUUCUUUCUCCCAAAUUCUUUCCUUUAGGUUUAGGGUUUCUCUCUCCCCCCCCCCUUGGCAUUGCAGUGAAAAGCUAUAAAUCCAGCUCUUCCGUUUUUUUCUUCUCCAGGAUUUGCAAUUUUAGGCAUAAAAAAUGAGAUCAGAAAGUGCAGAAGAUGUUGCCUUGAAAAGUGCAGAGCCCCCUGAUCCUGAUGUUCUCGAGAUUGACCCAACCUCUCGAUACAUAAUGUAUAAUGAAGUAAUUGGAAAAGGUGCCUUCAAGACAGUAUACAAGGCAUUUGAUGAGGUUAAUGGAAUUGAAGUGGCAUGGAAUCAAGUCCGGAUUGAGGAGGUUCUACAGAAGCCUGAAGACUUGGAGAGACUGUACUCUGAAGUUCGACUCCUGAAAUCACUGAAGCAUAAUAAUAUUGUGAGGUUUUACAAUUCAUGGAUUGAUGAUAAAAAGAAGACUGUCAAUAUUAUAACUGAGUUGUUCUCCUCAGGAAGCCUCAGGCAGUAUCGUAAGAAACACAAGAAGGUUGACAUGAAGGCUGUGAAGAGUUGGGCAAGACAAAUUUUAACUGGUUUAGUUUACCUACAUAGCCAUGACCCACCAAUCAUACACAAGGAUUUGAAGUGUGAUAACAUAUUCAUUAAUGGCAACCAAGGUGAAGUUAAAAUUGGUGAUCUUGGGUUAGCAACUGUGUUGGAGCAAUCUAAUGCCAAAAGUAUUAUUGGUACCCCUGAAUUUAUGGCACCUGAGUUAUAUGAUGAGAAUUUCAAUGAACUCGUUGAUAUUUAUUCCUUUGGAAUGUGCAUGCUGGAGAUGGCGACUUUUGAAUAUCCCUACAGUGAGUGUAGAAACUCAGCUCAGAUAUAUAAGAAAGUUUCGUCUGGAAUUAAACCUGCUGCACUCUCUAAGGUUAAAGAUCAAGAGAUGAAACUAUUUAUUGAGAAGUGUUUAGUUCCAGCAUCUCAAAGAUUAUCAGCAAAGGAGCUUUUAGUGGAUCCCUUUCUUCAAGCUAAUGGAUUGGCAAAGAGUCGUCCUUUCUCACUCCCUGACAUUGUUAUGCCCAAAAAUGGAGCUUUUGGAGAUCGCUGCCUCAUGUCAGAAGCACCUGCUUCCACACGGAAUAGACCAUCCUCUUUGGAUCUUGAUAGUGAUACUGAGCUGCCUGUUAUCAGUUUUCUUGAUAAUUCCUUGGAUGUUGAGGUGAGGAGGACUAACAAAGGUCACCUUUUCUUGUUAAAAGGCGAAGAAAAUGAUGAAAAUUCUGUAUCAUUAAUCCUUCGAAUAGCUGAUCAGAAUGGUCGGGUGAGAAAUAUUCAUUUCCUCUUCUUCCUCGAUAGUGAUACUUCCCUCUCAGUUUCAAGUGAAAUGGUAGAGCAACUGGAAUUAGAAGAUCAGAAUGAUAUGUUCAUAGCAGAAUUGAUUGAUUUACUGUUACUAAAUCUGACUCCCAAUUGGAAACCUCGUGUUUCCAUUGAUCAUCUAGUUCCUCCAGCUAGAAGAAAAGCUUCAAGAGAUCAUCAAUACUCACAAGGGCAGACUUCCUUGGGGGCUUCCCAACAUACUGCUGAAGCCACCACAGUAGGUCCUUGGUCUGUGGAAGUUAAUGGAAAAACAUCUCAUGACAAGUUCAUGGCAGAUGAUUCAGCUUCCGAGAUGUCAUUUACUUCUGCAAACUCGUACGAGUGGAACGAUAAACUUAGCUCCGUCCAUUCAUUCAUGUCUGCUGAAUUAGGGUCUGUGUGCAGUAAUGGACAUGGCUUCAAAACAAGUUCAAGCAGAUUGUUGUCUGAAGCAGAAUUAUCAUUCCAUGUUGAGAGCAUGUCGAAGUACCCAGAAUCUUCUUCCCCUACUUCAGGUGCGGUAGAAGAUGAGGAGUUAAGGGUGGAGCUGGAAAUGAUUGAGUUGCAGUAUGAUGAGGAAAUGAAAGAAAUAUCAAAGAGAAGACAUGAAGCUAUCAUGGGCACGAGAAGAAGAUUGUCCAAGAAGAAUAUGGAUUCAGUUCACUAGUCCAAAUAUAUAUAAAAGAAUGUGCAAAUGGCCCUGCAAGUGUACAUAUUUUAUUACUGGGCAGACGAUCUCCUUUUCCUCCCCCUCCUUUUUUUCUUGCUGGAGUGGAAGAG